CGAAGGCGUCCACGAUGGAGAUCUCCGCGGUCGACGACGCCUCCAUCGCGGGCGUGCGGCGACUGAACUUGGCGGCGUUGCCGAUUCCGGUGCAAGAUCACAUUUAUCGAGAGGCGAUGUGUCCCCCGAUCUUCAGUCAGGUUGCUCAAAGAAAUGGCAAAGUCCUCGGCGCGGUCAUUGUCCACGAUGACAGUGGCGACGCGCGGUGCAUUCGAACGAUUGCGGUCGACAUUCGAUCCCGAGGACAGGGCAUUGGACGAAUGCUCCUCGAAAAAGUCGUUCAAGAUGCCAUGCUGAUGAGGAAGAAGCUGUACUUGCACGUUCAAGUCGACAACGACGACGCAAUCCGCCUGUACAAGAGCGUUGGAUUCACUGUCGACGAGCGCGUCGCCAACUACUAUCGUCGUGUGUCAUGUGUGGAUUGUUUCGUCAUGUCCCUCCCGCCGGCAGUAGCAUCACCACACGAGCGACCUCCGGGCGUCAGCGGCUCAACCUGAUGAUGAAAGACUGCACAACUAUAUUAAUACCGGCGCUGAACGUGGCUCAUAAAUUCCGAUCGGGUGCGCGGAUCUGACUGAAAGUUGCCGAGCACGCAGCUCGUCACGGUCGAUGCGCCGCUCUUUUCGACACCUCGCAUGCACAUGCACAUGUGCGUGGCUUCGAUGACGACGCCGACACCCAGCGCACCGACAGCUUGCAUCAACCCUUGGGCGAUUUCGUUUGUCAGGCGCUCUUGCACUUGUAGUCGGCGCGCAAACACGUCCGAGAUGCGCGCGAGUUUGCUCAGCCCGAGGACUUUGCCGUUUGGAAUGUACCCGAUGUGAACUUUACCAACGAAUGGGACAACGUGGUGCUCACACAACGAGUACAGCUCAAUGUCGCGGACAAUGACCAUUUCCGAGUAGUCUUCCGUGAAUACGGCUUCGUUCAGGACGUCCGACAGUUCUUGGGCGUACCCCUUGGUGCAGUACAUGAGAGCCUUUGCCAUGCGCAUGGGGGUCUUGAGGAGACCUUCGCGUGUGACAUCCUCGCCCAUGCAUUCCAGCAGGACUUUCACGGCCGCCGCCAUCUUCUCGAGCUUUUCCGUGUCGUUUGUGUGGUCGUCCUUGGUACGGUUGUACUUUUUCUUGGUCGUCGUGAUAUCGGUGGCAGUGGCAGGGUUGUCUUGCGGCGCCAUGGUAGCUUCGGGAGUCGGCAGCAAGUUGGGAAGUGCAGGUGGCAGGUAGGGUGGCGGGGACAGCCGCGGCGAACGUCGUUGGGUUUCGGUUCC